AUUCCAUUGUGUAUAUGUACCAUAAUUUUUUUGAUCCUUUCAUUUACUGACGGGCACCUGGGUUGCUUCCAGCUCUUGGCUAUUGUAAAUUGUGCUGCAAUGAACAUUGGGGUGCAUCGGUUCUUUUGGAUUGGUGUUUUAGGGUUCUUAGGAUAUAGUGCCAGCAAUGGAAUUGCUUCUUCUUCAUAGCAAUCCCCCCAGGGCAGCCCCAGGGCUGGGCACUGUUGCGGUCACACCCACUGGAGGGAGACCUGGGGACAGGAGAGAACAGUCAGUGAGCUCAGCUGGGGACUGCUGAGAGCUGAGACAGCUGGGCAGUUCCUCCGUUCAAGGGGAGGAGAAAGGGACUGGGCCACCCACAGGAAACCGAGGAGGACAGCUGGGAGGCCGGGCCAGGCCAGGUCUGCAGUGCAGACACAGGACAGAGGUGAGUCAGGGAAUCCGGGUUGAGGGGGGGUCACUAACCAGAUCACCUAAGAAGUCCUUCCCCGUGGCUGCCAGUGACUCAGAGUCUGCUUUCUUUCACUAGACACUUAUCUACUAGAUACCACCUUUAGGCCUAAGUGUUAGAGCCACGGCAUGAAGGUGACAAAGAUCCCUGCCCUCUGGAGUUCACCUUUUAGUAGGGAGAGACGGCAAUAAACAAAAACAUGAUAACGGACUAAACUGUAUGGUAGGACGAGGCAAAAGGAAAAAGUCGAGAAGAGCAGGGGUGUUUGGGAAUGCUGGGGUAGGAGUCUUGAACUUUUAAACAGGGUGGUGGGGGUGGGCUCCCUGAGAAGGUGACUGAUCAAAGACUUGAAAGAGGCCAUUGAGAAGCUGAGGACAUCAGGGAAACAGUGUUUCAGACUAAGCGUUUCCAGGGACAGGACAGCCCUGGCAGAGGCUGCAGGUGAGGGCUGGACUCCUGAGUGUUCACUGCAGUUGGAAGCAGCAGCAGUUGGAGAAGAGGGAGCAGGAGGCAGAGAAGAGGUGGAGCAGGAAGAGAGGAGAAGGGCUAGGUGGCCUCGCAGGAAUCCAGGGGGCCCCACGGACGUGCCAGGCCCCUCAUCAGCAUCCCCACGGCCCAGCUCCCUCCCCGCAGGGGCACCGGUUUGGAAGCCUGCUGAUGAAUGUGGGACUGUCGAGACCUCACAACAGCAGUGUGGAACUCAUUUUCACCUCACCAAGGGCCACAUCAGCCUUGCAGUAGCCUUCAAAGGGCCAAAUAUAAUUUUAGGACUAUAUGAAUGUCACCACUCCUUAACUAAGGGCAAGGAGGUCUACAUUCAGCCCUUUGAAGGCAACCACGAGGCUGAUGUGGCUCCCGAUGACAAUGAGUUUGACACCCCUGCCUUAAAAGUCUCCUCCCUUCCUGCCCUCUCCAUAAACCUGUCCUCAUGAUAACAGCGGUGUAUCUGCAGGUGAAAAAGAAUGGGAAUCCAAGCAGUGGCUGCCUGCUGAAAGGAUUUAGUGCCUCCUCUGAGAUCACGCUUUACCUUGGAUAACUACUAUCAAAAGCAAAACCUCAGAUUAGGGAAAGCCACUGUAUCUCUUAGACAGCAGGCAGACGCAGGCUAGAAUGGGCAGCCCAGUGCACCGAGUAUCGAUGGGGGAUCCCUGGAGCAGGAAAGUGCACCCGGACAUAGAGAGUGAGAGGCGCCAGCAGUCCUUCGAUGUAGAAAGACUCACCAACAUCCUGGACGGCGGUGCCCAGAACACGGACCUCCGGAGGAAAGUCGAGAGCAUUAUCCACAGUGACCCAGUGUUUAAUCUGAAGGAUAACUAUUUCAUGAACCGGUAUGAGCGUUACGAAGCAGCCGUUAAGAGGACAUUCCACAUCCAGAUGAUAGUACAGCGCCUGGGCUGGUUGGAACAGAGUCGUGAACUUCAUUAUGCUAUAAGAGCCGUUUCUGGAAACUUGGGCUUAAGUAUACAAUACAUCUUCCUGAAAGCCGUCAGGAGCCUGGGCUCGGAGGAGCAGAUAGCCAAAUGGGCCCCGCUCAGCCACACGUUCCAGAUCAUCCCAACAUACGCCCAGACGGAACUGGGACACGGGACGUAUCUUCAGGGACUGGAGACUGAAGCCACCUACAGUGCAGACACCCAGGAGUUUGUGGUGCAUAGCCCCACAAUAACUGCCACCAAAUGGUGGCCGGGCGACCUGGGACGGUCAGCCACCCACGCCCUGGUCCAGGCCCAGCUGAUCUGCUCAGGAGCCCGGCGGGGCAUGCAUGCCUUUAUUGUGCCCAUCCGGAGCCUCCAGGACCACACUCCACUGCCAGGAGUCACUGUUGGAAGCAUUGGGCCCACGAUGGACUUUAACAGGAGGGAUAAUGGCUUCCUGCGGCUGGACCAUGUGCGGAUCCCCAGAGAAAAUAUGCUGAAUCGCUUUGCACAGGUCUUGCCAGAUGGCACCUACGUCAAGCUCGGGACAGCACAGAGCAACUACCUUUCCAUGGUGGUGUCGCGGGUGGAGCUGCUGUUGCCAGAGAUCAUACCCCAGCUGCAGAAGGCUUGCGUCAUCGCCAUUCGCUAUUCUGUCAUCCGCCGCCAAUCUCAGCUCCGGCCCAGCGAACCAGAAGCUAAAGUCCUAGACUAUCAGACGCAGCAGCAGAAACUCUUUCCUCAGCUGGCCACAGCCUACGCUUUCCAAUUUGUGGUGAACAGCCUCUUGGAUUUCUUUCAAAGGUCCUACGGAGCCAUUCUGGACAAAGACUUCAGCCAUCUGCCUGAGCUUCAUGCAUUGAGCUCAGGUAUAAAGGCCAUGAUAACAGACUUCUGCACCCAGGGGGCUGAGCUGUGUCGCAGGGCCUGCGGUGGACAUGGCUUCUCAGAGCUGAGUGGCCUGCCGGCCCUGGUCAUGGCAGUGACAGCCUCCUGUACCUAUGAGGGUGAAAACACCGUGCUCUACUUGCAGACAGCCAGGUUUCUGGUGAAGAGCUACCUGCAGGCUCAGGCAGCCCCAGGCUCCACACUCCCUCAGUCUGUUGCAUACCUGACAGCACCUGACCUGGCCAAGUGCCCAGCCCGGAGGGCAGCUGACUUCCUUCACCCAGAGGUGUACACCAGGGCGUGGGCACAUGUGGCAGUCAGGCUCAUAAAGGACUCAGUGCACCAUUUACAGACUCUGCUGCAAUCUGGUGCUGACGAGCACGAGGCGUGGAACAGGACCACAGUCAUACACCUCCAGGCUGCUAAGGCACACUGCUACUAUGUCACUGUGAAGAGUUUUACAGAAGCUCUGGAGAAACUAGACAAUGAGCCAGCCAUUCAGCAGGCACUCAAACACCUCUGUGAUCUCUUUGCUUUACAUGGCAUCCUGUCUAACACAGGCGACUUUCUCCAUGACGGCUUCCUGUCUGGGGCCCAAGUAGAUGUGGUGAGAACGGCCUACCUGGACGUGCUCCUCCUUGUCCGGAAGGAUGCCAUCUCGUUAACUGAUGCUUUCGACUUCACAGAUCAGUGUUUAAAUUCGGCACUUGGCUGUUACGACGGAAAUGUCUAUGAACGUCUGUUCCACUGGGUUCAGACAGCACCAACCAAUUCUCAGGAGAACCCUGCCUACGAGAAAUAUCUAAGACCACUACUACAAAGUUGGAGAUCCAAGCUAUAAGAUAAUCAACAGCAUUCAAGAAGCACCAUGAUGUGAUAAUGGUAGUACGGCAUACAUAUCAUUAAAAUUUUAAAGUACA